UCGAGUUGUAAAAGUUUGCAAAGCAGCGGCGGCAGCAGCUCCCAGGGAGAUGGAAGCCGGUCGAGGGAGCCUGGCGGAGCGGCAACCGAGAACCGUGCUGAGCUGAACUCAGCCGGGAUUACAAACUCAAGGCAUCCGGACACUCUCAAGAGGCAGUCUCUGCCCCUUUGGCUCAGCUGACCUGACCAUGUGGACUUAGCCCCUCCGGGUCAGGACUGGAGUUUUAAAAUAAAAUGGAUGAUGUGACAUUACUUGAUCUUCUGGAGUGCCCCGUGUGCCUCGAAAAGCUCGAUGUCACCGCCAAAGUCCUCCCUUGCCAGCACACCUUCUGCAAACCAUGUCUCCAGAGGAUUUUCAAGACCCACAAAGAGCUGAGGUGCCCCGAAUGCAGGACCCUGGUGUUUUGCAGCAUCGAGGCGCUGCCGGCCAACCUGCUGCUCGUGCGCCUUCUGGAUGGCGUGCGCUCGGGCCAGGGCUCGGGGGGAGGGGGCUCCCUCUGCAGGCCUGGCGUGCUGACCUCACAGGGCAGCAGGAAGAGCAAGACUCACCCCCGAGGUCUGCAGUGCAGCCCUUUCCAGCUGGUGCCUAACAUCAGAAUCCACAUGGAUGGGGUGCCGCGAGCAAAGGCCUUGUGCAACUACCGAGGGCAGAAUCCUGGUGACCUGAGGUUUAAUAAGGGAGAUGUCAUCCUCCUCCGGAGACAGUUGGAUGAGAACUGGUACCAGGGGGAAAUCAAUGGAGUCAGUGGGAUCUUCCCAGCCAGCUCCGUAGAGGUCCUCAAGCAGCUUCCCCAGCCACCCCCACUCUGCCGGGCCCUCUACAACUUCGACCUGCGUGACAAGGACAAGAGUAAGAACCAGGACUGCCUGACCUUCCUCAAGGAUGAUAUCAUCACUGUGAUCAACCGAGUGGAUGAGAACUGGGCAGAAGGCAAGUUAGGAGAUAAAGUCGGCAUCUUCCCAAUCUUGUUCGUAGAGCCAAACCUCACUGCAAGACACCUCCUACAGAAGAACAAAGGCCGUCAGUCAUCCCACACAAAAGGCAUGUCCCUGGUGUCAUCCUCCAGAGGCAAGGCGACCAACGCACCCACACUCCGAAGGGGCCCGGGGUCCAGGAGGAAGGGGCCCGGGCAGUUCUCCAUCAUGACGGCCUUGAACACCCUCAACAGGAUGGUGCACUCUCCCUCGGGGCACCAUAUGGUGGAGAUCAGCACCCCAGUGCUCAUCAGCUCCAGCAACCCCUCUGUGAUCACUCAGCACGUGGAGAAAGCGGAUGCUCCUCCCAGCUCUGUGGGGCAGGUCAGCACUUAUCACCCUGCACCUGCCUCCCCAGGACAUUCCACGGCCAUCAUCAGUCUGCCCGGCUCCCAGCAACACCUCUCAGCUAACAUGUUUGUAGCCCUGCACUCCUACUCAGCCCAUGGACCCGACGAACUGGACCUGCAGAAGGGAGAGGGCAUCAGGGUCCUGGGGAAGUACCAGGAUGGCUGGCUCAGGGGUGUCUCCUUGGUGACCGGGCGAGUCGGCAUCUUCCCCAACAACUAUGUCAUCCCCAUUUUCAGAAAGACAUCUAGUGUUCCAGACUCCCGGAGCUCUGCUCUCUACGCCACAUGGACGUUAUCCACCUCCUCUGUGUCCUCCCAAGGCAGCAUUUCAGAAGGUGAUCCCCGGCAGAGCCGGCCCUUCAAGUCCGUCUUCGUGCCCACGGCCAUAGUCAACCCCGUGCGGAACCUGGCCGGUCUCAGGACCCUGGGGCAGGGCUCCCUCCGCAAAGGGCGGAGCAACAUGAGAAAGAAUGGAUCCCUGCAGAGACCCGUCCGGUCGGGGGUCCACACCCUCGUGGUGGGCUCCCUCAGACGCAGCCCCACCAUGGUCGUCCGGCCUCAGCAGUUCCAAUUCUACCAGCCACAGGGGGCCCCCUCCUCAGCCUCGGCGGUGGUGGCGGAGAUGGGACCCAAGCCCACUGCCACUGGGGAGCCUGCCCUCACGUGCGUCAGCAGGGGCAGCGACACCAGGAUCCACUCGGCGGCCAGUUCCCUCAUCAUGGAAGGCAAAGAAAUCCCCGUCAGGAGUGAGCCUCCACCAAAACUGCCUGCAUCUGCCCCGCCAUCCAUCCUGGUGAAACCAGAGAACUCAAGAAAUGGCAGCGAAAAGCAAGUCAAAACCGUGAGAUUUCAGAAUUACAGCCCUCCUCCCGCCAAACAUCACACCUCUGGGAAGCCUGAACAACCAGCCACCCCGAAGGGGUCCCAGCCUGAAGCAGCCCCCUUGGGCCCAGAGAUGACCGUCCUAUUCGCCCACCGAAGCGGCUGCCAUUCUGGACAGCAGACAGACCUCCGGAGGAAGUCAACCUUUAGCAAAAUCAUGGCCCCAGCGCCCACUGCCUCGACCACGCAGACCGUGUUUCCCAGCAAAUGAAUCUACAGGUGGCUUUUCCUAGACCCCAAAGAGGACCAGCUGCACCUCCUCCACCCUUCCCCCUCCCACAGACAGAGCUUUUGUAGCAGGAAGAGUUUAAAGCGACGCCCUACCUGUGACUUGGUGAGAUGCAGAGCUGACUCACUGACUUCCAACUUCCCUUGACAAUUCAGAAGGUCCGUCCACGCCAGGCCUGCGCUCCCGACUGGCAGCCAUCUGAUGGGGCUGCAAUUGCCAUGAAACGGACAUGCGCUUUUCAAUUUGCCACGCAGCCCCAGUAGCCUGCUUCACUCACUCACACGACCUGCACCUGAACUGGGCACGUUCCCCUAGAGACUGCGUGCUUGACUUCAUCUCCCAGAGGCAUCAUAAACCCCUUGAAAGUUACAGCUGGAUCCCCAGACAUCCACUGAUCCAGGCACACAGGUCUCAGGAGCAUAGCAGGCCAAGCCAGGGCCCUACAGGGUGUCGUUCAGUAGUUUUGAGGUGGGGACUAAGCCUCUGUGCUUUCAACAAGCUCCCCAAGUGAUUCUGAGGCACAUGAAGUAUGAGAAUCAAAUUCACCUUUCUCAUGUGGUAUAGCAGAGCUGACAUUUGGAUCUGACAUUCAGCAGGAGUAUGACCUCACUGGUGGUUAAUAUAUUGAAAUCGUCCCGUACUGAUAGGUGAAUAGUAGAUGCUCUGAGCUCCCCAAGACCUCUCCCCCCUCCCACACCCUGGCCCUUUCUCCAUGUCGUCCUCCCCAUCGCUUUCCCAUCCAACAGCUAAAAAGCUAAGGCCAGCUGCAGCAAUAAAGCCCUUCUUCAUGCUGAUUGGCUAGUGCCUAUGCCAUACUGAUUACUAAAUAUCUUGACUGUUACCCUAUUAUAGAGAAUAAGGCCCAGAGGUUGAGAGCACUGCUGUCAAACCUGACACUCUUCCCAACCCCCAUCCUGGCCACUGUUCAUCCCUCGACAAGCACCUUCAUCAGGCCCCUAGCUUAGGAAAGGAGCUGACUUGGAGGAUGAGCAUUUCCAUGCCUAUUCACCUACCUUUUUCAGCUAAGAGUUUCAUAGGCAUAAGGAAUGCACUUCAGCUUCCCAGCUCCUCUGGCAUCAUGUUGGCAGGUAUGGAAGCACAUAAUUUGCUUCAAUAAGAUGAGCAGGCCUCCAUCUUGAUCCUCUCCCCAGCCCCUAUUCACACGGGCAGCCCCACAGCCUCUGACUCCCUUCCCAGGAAGUGAGAAGCUGAAGCAGGUAGAAUAACAAGGGCCUCUCAAGCCUCUCCAGCUGGGAGCAAGUACUUAACAAGCUGGGCUCUCCUGGGGCAGCAGCUGCUGUCACUGAUGCUUCUCUUACUUAGUCUUGAGAGUAAAGACUCCAGUUCCCCCUUGGGCUAAGUGAAAGGAGUGUUAGCACUUACAGAAACCUCUUAGGUGAGCCUGAAAGGCAGUCACCUAGGGGAAUGUGUUUGGCAGGCAACACUAAGCCAGAGGAAUUAACUCCAGAGAGCCCUGCAGCAGGUUGGUGUCCCUGAGGAUAAAUCUCACAAGGACGUUUUUCUUGAAAUAGAGCAAUGUUAAAUGAUGAUCAAAGCCACCUGCUGUUGGCCAGGCCAUAGUAUUGUGCCCUAGACCAGAGCAGAAACAAAAUGUUCCCAGGAAGCCCUUCUGCCUAUUGACCUAUACUUUGACAAAUGGAAUGCAGCAGAGGUGGGAUCAAAGAUGACGGGACGGAGGAGCAUUAGAUUCACCCAUCCAGCCAUCCAUCCAUCCCUCCAUCCAUUCAUUCAACAACAGUUCAUUCAUCACGUACUCUGGACCAGGCUCUAUGAGAGGCAACAGAAAUAAAGUAGUUACCAGGAUAGAUAAAAAUACAUAUGGCCCUCACAGAAUGUUGUUUCUUAUUACUUUUUUCUGGAUUUUGGGCUCCUUUCUGCUUUUCUCCCCUUUUAUAAUUAAAUGUUCUAUAGAAAUAUAUAGGAUAAUAAAACCAAUAACCAUAUACCCACCACCUAGCUUUUUAAAAAAUAAUUGAAACCUGCUGUGUGCUUCUCCCAGUCCCAUUCCUUCCUUCCCCACCUCCCCACUUCCUUCACAACCACUAUCCUGAAUUCCAUGCUUAUCACUCCCUGUAAAAUUCCCAAUCAUGUACCAUAUGGAACUCGGAGUGCAGCUCAUAGAGGUACUCAGUAAGCACUAGUCAAAGCAAGUAUUGCAACCUGGGGCCAUAGAUACCCUGCCUGAAUAUUUGAACUCCCAUCUGGCUUCUGUCACUGGGACUCUAAAGCUUUGAUUCAUUGCUGGGAAUUGAGAUUUUGAUGCACCAGCAUGUCUGGUUUUGAGAAGUUUGAGUUUAAAGGGGUUUUUACAAGAGUUCUUCCAAGUACAGCUGUUUUAGGAGGACUUGUUGCUCCUGAGUAGAGAAAAUAUGGGUUGUGGCUGUGCCUGCAUUGUUUGAAUACAGAGUUUUCUACCUAGCUCUCCUCUGGGUGUUGUCUGGAGCCUCUGGGUAGCCAACUGCAAAAACCAGAGUAGCUCCUCAACUUCUGAAACUAAAACAGAUCUUGCUGCUGCUGCCACCAAAUUCUUAUAAGAACCUCGUGAAGAGUGCAGAGAAAAGUUAUUUUUGUCCCCAGACUACAGAUCAAAAAACCGAGACUCCGGAUAUUUCAAUGCCUUGAUUAAGGUCACAUAAUUAGUUUGAGAUGGAAGGGAGACUACUGAUUCUUCAUCCAGCAAUAACUGUCACCAUUUACUGAGCACCUACUGUGUACCAAGCACUGUACAUGCAUUAUGCCAUCCAAUCCUACCCAACCCUAUGAAUGCAGGUACUGCUAUUAUUCCAUUUUAGGGAUUAGAAUUAUGACUCACAGGUCAAAUGACCUGUCCAAGGCAACAAGAACUAGAACCCAGGACUCUAAAUCCAAACCUUAAUCUUAAAUCACCACAUCCCUCUUCUUCAAUAGCAACUGUAAGCACAUAACAUGGUUGAGGUUGGAGAGGUUGCACAAAUGUGUGUGUGCUGCUGAGACCACAGGGGUGAGGAUGAAGAUGGGGGUGGGGGAAUGGUUUAACUCAGGCGGUCAAGCCCUCCCAGAGAAUAAGUGUUGGGUUGGCCAAAAAAUUCGUUCAGGUUCUUCCAUAACAUCUUAACAGAAAAACCCAAACGAACUCUUUAGCCAACCCAUACAAGGGUCUUAUCAUCCAAGAAGUAGGGACGGGAAAGAAGGUGACUGAGAGUGUUCUGUACAGAGAAAUCCAAAAAGCAAAUCUACGCCUGCUGCAAGGGCGGCCAGACACAGCCCAGCAACUUGUAAAAGAACCAAAGCUUGCAAUGUGGUUCUAGAUCAUUGACAUCAAAACACAAUGAUUAUUUUGCAUUCCCUAGAUCUCUCCCUCUUCUUGAGUUUACUUCCAGUUUUGCCUGUCCUCACUCUAAAGGAUACAGAGUCCAGAAGAAGGGGAACAUGAUUUCCAAAAUGACCCCCACUUUCAUCUUCUCUGUGGGAACAAGAGGACUCAGAGAGCUGACACCUUCCAGUGUUCCAUGCUGGUAUUUUUCCGAAGUUCAAAGGCAAUUGCUUUCGGGGGCGGGUGGGUAAAUACACACCCACAGAUGCAAGCUAAUUAUGCAGAUAGGGUCACUGCUGGAUGGACAAGAGCUGCAGCCUGGUAAGGACUAAAAGGAUGCCAGCCAAGACCCAGGGAGAAAGGCAAAAUGCAUUCGCAAAGGCCAUUUUGUGUAUCCCUGGUGAACACUGUUAGAAUCAAUGCUAGCGUGACCGACCGACUUGAUGAAGGCCACUUGCAAUGUCAGAGUUUGACGGCUGUCAGUCGCACGUGUCCUAGAGGCCAGAGCCAUCCUAAUGUCCUUCCCAUGAAAACAACUCCCUGGACCAUCUGAGAGGAUUGUGAGAACUAUUUGCAGUCAGGAGACUCUCACAAAUAAGCAAAAGCAAGCGUGAAUCAAAACAUAAGGAGACAGCAAAAACGCCUGGGGGACCAUAGAGGAAUUCAAACAAAUAUCACCUUCAAAGGGUUGUACCUGGAUCCCUACGCCUUCCCCACCCAGUUCCUUGGGAGAUGCUUUCCAUCUCUGUCUAGGAGAGAGCUGGAGGACCACACUGCCUGAGGUCUGCCUGAGGAGAACAUGUCAGUCACAGCUCGAGAGAGAUGGCAUCAGCUUCCAUGACAAAGGACAGAGCGGUCAGACAGCCGGAAGGCGCCAUACUGUUUGGAAUGGAAGGCUAAUUUUAGAUAUCAGAACCACAUUUCCAAAUAUUCCAUCCUGCACGUUCUAUUGAUAAACUGAAUUCUUUUUUAAGCUUACAGUCUUUUUAGAUUUGGCAAAUUUGAUAGCUUGGACCUUCUUCAUGGAGACCUCCAGUAAAGGACUAAAUUUUAACACAUCAGUCAACAAGGAUUUGGGGGUAGCUAUUCUAGCUGUACUCCCAAUCCACUAGAACCUUACAAGAUAUGGAGAAACAAUAUAAUAGCUAGGGUGACGGGUUUUGGAACCAAAUCAUCUGGGGUUUGGUCCCAGCUUGUCACCUACUAGUUAGGUUUCCUUUGGCAAAUGACUGAAGCAACUUGAGAAAGCUACACCACCUCCCUAAACCUGCUUUCUCAUCUGUAAAAUGGGAAUCAGAACCUCCACCUCAUAGGGUUCUCAGCAGGAUUAAAUGAGAUCAUGCUUGUACAGCUCUGAUGGUGAUACGGGGUACAUUGAAGUGUUCAAUAAAUGGUAGCUAUUACCCAUAAAUGGGAAUGGAGGCACAAUUCAAAAACAGAGUACAAGAAAGAGCUAGGCUCAGAAGUAAGAGCAGGGAGUAAUGAAGGAGUGUUUCAGCUGUCAGGAGGGCUCCACUGAGGCGAAACAGAUUCUGAAAGAUCGCAGCAUGGAGAAAUGAAGAGGAAACCACCUGGGGUCUGGAAUCACAUAUCCCUGGGCUCAAAUCCUGGCCCCACCACUUCUUGGCUGUCUGACCUUGGACCAAGUUAACUAACGUUUCUGAGACUUUCUUUACUCAUCUGAGGAGUGAAAACAAUAAUCAACACUUCACAGAGUCAUUGGGAAGAUUAAGUAAGACAGAUAGGCCAGAUGCUGGCGUGCAGAAGGGACCCUAGCAGUGAAUUCUGCAGUCAUGACAAAGGCAGGUGAUCAGGAGAAAUGCUAAAAUAAGAACAGAAUCUUCUUACUACCAUUCAUUACACGUCUACUAAAUGCCAGGGACUGAGCUAACUCCUUAGAGGGUCAUUUACAGGGUGGUUAAAUGCACAGUGAGUCAGGUGACCAGGAUUCAAAUCCAGGCUCUGCGCUUCCUCCCUGUGUGAUCAUGGGGAAGUCAUUUAAUCUUCCCAAACUUUAGUCCCCUUGCUUGUAAAAUGCAGGUUCUAACUGUGCUUUCCUUGAGUGGUUUGGUGGGGAUUAAAAGAGAUGAUGGGCAUGAGGUCAUUAGCACAGUGCCCAGCUCUUAGAAAAUGCUCUGUGACGUUAGCUAUCUUGACUGUUUGCAUGCCUUUUCUCAUUUAACAUUCACAACAAUCCCAUGAGUUGGGUGUUAUUGUCCCCUAUUUAUGGAUCAAACAGAUCUGAGGCUCUGAGGAUAAAUCACUUGUCUAAGGUCACAGAAAGGAAGCAGUGGGGCUGGCUCUGUAAGACUAGAAAUCUCAGCUUCUUUGUUCUCUUCACUUUUCAGAUCAGCUGGUCAGUGGCACCAGGGUUGAGGAAAUAUGACAGUUAUUUUUAAAUGUAUCUCAUGCCAUAACCCUCAUCAGUGUUUUGUCUUCUGGUUGUCCCUAUCACCUCGCCUCCUCAUCUGUUGAAGGUUUGAGGUUCAAGGUCAUCUGUGACCCCGAAUGCAGCCGGUGGGCACCUUGGUGCUGCCCCUCUGGGGACUCACUUGCAGCUUCACAAGGUUGACAAGGUUUAUGAAAUGUCCAUUCUGAUUUGCAAAUAGGUCUGACAUGGACAUGCUUCCAGCUGGCUGGUGAUUUCGAUAACAACCCCUCCUCCUCAGUGCUAAUUAACAGAAAUUAAAUGUCCCUGGCACACUUUGUAAUUCAGAAAAUGCAUGUGCUGAUUAGUUAAUCCCCAGCUGGACACGCCAUUAUGACCAAGGGGCUCCAGGCCAAAGUCCUAGCUCUCACUCCAUCUCCAUUUAAAGUCACAGAAUGUUUUCUUCCUGGGUAGAAAUCAGUGUCACCUCAUUCAUUUAUUCAUUCAUUUUCAUUCAACAAAUACUGAUUGAGCAUCUAUGUGUGUGAGGUUUUGCCCCAUACAGUUGGGAUACAGCAGUGAACAAAGCAAGUGAUGUUCCUGCCUUCAUGAACGGGAGUAAAUGGUAAACCAUUAAACCCACAGGAUUGUUUCUAUAUGACAGAUGUUAUGAAGGAAACAAAGAGGGGGGACGGAGAAUGGCUGGGGGGGUAUGCACUACAUUGGGUAGGGUGGCCAGGAAAGGAUUCUCCAAGGAGGUGAGAUUUCAACUGAGAUUUGAAGACUGAGAAGGAAUCGGACAUGCAGCAUAGUGAGAUAAAGAGGAACAAGCUCAAAGUGUCAAGGAAAUUCAUUCAUUUAUCAAACAUUUUUGAUCAUACAUUCAAUAUGUGUUGAAUGAACAAUUGGAGAAUAAAUGAAUCCUCUUUUUCCUGCCAAGAAGGACCUUCACAGGAAAGAUGAACUUAUGGGCGAUGCCACAAGCUUAGAGGCAAGUUACUUCCAUUUUCUCCAGCCCUGUUUCACCUCUCAAACAAGGGGCUUGGCUCAGGCACUAGCAUUCCAGGACUGCAGGAUCUUAAGUACUCACCUUCCAAAGGGACUGCCCUCACAGCUCUUUAAAGCCAUGAUUCUGCAGCAAGCAAAAAGCAAUGUCAUUUUUCUACGCAGUCAAAAUGGUUGUUUCGAAUUAUGUAGACAAGGCAUAAAACGUCAUCUGCUUUCUUAUCAUUAGGAUAUAUGUAUUGAAUUCCCAUGCCCACUUACUCAUUCCAAGAAUAUUAUUAUUAGUUGCGAGUCUCCCUCUCCCCUUCCCUCCCUCCCUCCCUCUUCCUCCCCCCCCCCCAUCUCCUUCACUCUCUUCCGCUCACCUUUCUCUGGCCUAGCAGUGGAGAGCCCAGGCUAUAGAAUCAGAACACCCAUUGUAUCUCAAGUGUGACUCACUGUGUGACUUUGAGCAAGUCACUUCACCUCUCUGAGUCUCAAUUUUCUCAUCUGUAUAAUAGGAAGAAUAAUAGAGGCCCUCUCAUGACAAUCAUAUAAAGUAAAUACUGAGCUAUUGUUAUCCUCAUUUUGUGGAUUAGGAUGUAAAAUUUUAAGAACUCUAUUCAGGUUUUUAAGGCAAAAGAGACUCCAGUAAUGAGUGUGACCAUGAGCCCGUUUAAUGAUCUGUAUCCACCACCUGUAGGGUUUUCCAUUCUUUGAGAUAAUCAAGAACCAGGAACAUAAUAAAUAGCCUUGAAGAGGUCUCCUAAUUUAUAGUAAUACUUUUGAGCCAACAGUGAUAGACAGACCCCCUGCCUUGUGCCAGACACUUUUAUGUGCUUUACUUAUAUUGACUGAUUUUAAAAUCUCACUACAACCAUACAAAGUAAAUACUAUUACUAUGCCCAUUUUACAGGUAAAGAAACUAAGACCUAGAGAGAUUAAAUAGUUUCCAUGGGGUCAUACAGUUGGGACUUGGUGGAGCUUGGGAAUAAACCCAGGCAAUCGGACCCCAGUGGAUGCUGCUAGCUGCUUGCCACCUCAUUUAAGAUGAGACACAAAAGCUUUCCUGCAGACAUCAGGGUUUUCUACUUCAAGCAGACCUGUCCCCUGAGUGCUCAAUAAGCAAAGCAUUAUUACCUGCCUAAUCCUAAAACCCCUGGCCUGUAGACACAGGACUGAUAAGAGCUGCUACCCAGUGCUGUACAACACCAGCCAAAGGUAAAUUCACCCCUCCUGCCACUGAUGGGAUUUUUGAGUGUCCAUUAAAAUGUCAGUGGAUCUUAGAGUUGAAGUUCUUUCUACAUCAUUUAGCACAACCUGGAAGAUCAGAUUCAUGUGGCAGCUGGCCUUCCCUUGGCAGUUACUUCCUUAUUACUUCCCUGUCCCUGCGCUCACCCUCAGAAAUGCUACAUCACAACAAAGGUAGUUAAAGAGCUAACAAACCACCACUACUCCCUUGAGAUCCAGAAGCAGUUGUCUCAAAUCACCUUGCCUCCAGUCUCGGAGGGAUAUGCCCCCAGCUGCUGAUGCCAGGCCUGAUGUGCAGAUCAAAGCAGCCAUUUCCAGGCCCCCUGUGAUAGCAACGGGUUGACCCAUCUCCAGAGGCAGGUGCCCAGCAUCAGUGCUGGUACCCAAUUAGGCACAGGGAGGAGAAGCAGACUAUGUCUAACACAGGUGUCUUCCCUUUUUAGGGUUAAAAGUUGUGAAUAGCAGGCUGAAACUCCGGCCCAUGUUUGGGGGUGUACGAUGGAGACAGCGUAACUCCAAAUCCUGCAUAACUUAUUGUCAUGAUGGGACACAGAAUGCGUCCUCAUAAUCACAGGCUUUCUAUUCAUUCGUGCUUCUCGCGUUGACUAGGAAGCAGCCACCUGGAGCCUCCAAUGGCUCUUACUUGCUGUUAUUCUGAGUGGAGCGCGUAAGUCCUGUCUUGCAUGGGCAGGCCCUGAGAGCGCAGAGAAGCUCAGUUGUUAGCCCAGAUGUGGCUGCCUGCUUGAAAGCUCAGGCUCCUUCUGUACACUUAGUCUCUGUAGCCACAAUUCAUGCUUCUGCCUUUGGAGAGUGGGUUUUGAUCAGACUCCCAAAACCGAUACUUCCCAUAAACUUUGCUUGCAAGAUCCAGCUGUCCUGUGCCACCCCGCAAAGAAUGAACCUGUCUGUGAUCAUCACUAAAAUUUCCCCAAAGACAAAACUGGCCUGUUAAAUCAGCAGGAGUCGUUGGAUAGAAAAGGACUCAGGCUCCAAAUGAAAGACAUUGGGCAGAAGAUAGAAAACUCCCUCUCCUACUUACUUCCUGUUUUACUGGGUUUUCAUGGGAAUUCACUUGUGGACAAACUCCGAGCCUGGGUCUUUUAGAAAGCAAAUCUUUUUAAAUGUUAUUGGACCAAUUUCCCAUCAUCCUUUAGCUUUCUCCUGUCCCCCUUCAGCAUGGUCAGUUGGGACUUCAUUUGCACUCAGAAGGGCCAAGAGCCAAGCACUGGCAGCAAAGUCACAGAGAGCAGCCGGCUCCUGUGAUGCCCAUCCAAACCGCCUGCCCUCACCUGGACAAGGGGCAGCUGGAAGUGUUGGCUGCACUUCCUUCCGAGCAUCCUCAGCCUCGGGAAGAGAAGAGGCACCAGGGGCUAGGCAGGAAGGGGAGGACAUUGGCUACAUGUGUGGGGAUGACAGGAAUGCAGGUUGGGUUUGGAAAUCAAAAAUAAAAUAUUUGAGGCUUUGGAGAAA